CGGUUAACUACCGCAUUUUUACUGUGAAAUCUUAAUCUGGCUACAUUUUCUCCUCCAUGAAUCUUAUAAAUUACAACUUUUAAAUUAUCAGUCGCGCAAUCUUUUCCACGUUCACAACUCAAAUUUCUCUCCUAUACCGACUACAAUACUCACUGGAUAUGUAAUUAGCUUUGGCUUUCCAGAUUCCUUCGUAAAGUUUCGGCUGAACCACCGGAAAUGGCGUCGGCUAUAGUCGGAGAUGAUUUGGCUAGGACAGGAAGUAGGCGGAGCUUUGCGUCUGCAAGCCAACUGAGUUUUGCUCCGCCGGAGGUUUUUGACCGAAGUGAAAGGCGGGAACAGGAUGAGGAGGAUCUCCUGUGGGCCGCAAUCCAGCGGUUACCGACGUAUGAUAGGAUGAGGAAGGGGAUGCUGAAUCAGAUUGUUGAUGGUAAAAGUGUGCAGGGUGAAGUCGAUGUAAGGAAGCUUGGAAUGCAGGAUAAGAAAAAGUUGAUGGACAGUAUACUCAAGGAUGUUCAAGAGGAUAAUGAGGAGUUUCUUAAGAGACUCAGAGAGAGAACUGAUAGAGUGGGAAUUGAGAUUCCAAAGAUUGAAGUCAGGUACGAGAAUUUAUCGGUGGAAGGAUAUGUGCAUGUAGGAAGCAGAGCUCUUCCUACUCUGAUUAAUGCUACUUUAAACUCAAUAGAGAUUCUUCUUGGGUUGGUUCGGCUUGCGCCAUCAAAGAAAAGAAAAAUCCAGAUUCUUCAAAAUAUCAGUGGAAUUUUUAGACCAUCUAGGAUGACACUGCUACUUGGUCCACCAGCUUCAGGGAAAACGACAUUUUUGCUUGCACUUGCAGGGAAACUUGAUCAGGAUCUAAGGAAAACUGGAAAAAUCACUUACUGUGGUCAUGAACUACAUGAGUUUAUUCCUCAAAGAACUUGUGCUUAUAUCAGUCAACAUGAUCUUCAUCAUGGAGAGAUGACAGUAAGAGAGACAUUUGAUUUCUCUGGACGCUGCUUAGGGGUGGGCACAAGAUAUGAAAUGCUAGCAGAACUUUCAAGACGCGAGAAGGAAGCAGGAAUUAAGCCAGAUCCUAUGCUUGAUGCAUUCAUGAAAGCCACAGCAAUGUCAGGUCAAAAAACUAGUUUGGUUACAGAUUAUGUUAUAAAGAUACUUGGAUUGGACAUUUGCGCGGAUACUAUGGUUGGUGAUGAUAUGCGUAGGGGUAUUUCUGGAGGACAGAAGAAGCGUGUAACCACUGGAGAAAUGCUAGUGGGGCCCGCAAAGGUUCUUUUAAUGGAUGAAAUAUCGACAGGAUUGGACAGCUCCACCACUUUUCAGAUAUGUCAGUUCAUGAGGCAAAUGGUUCAUAUUAUGGAUGUAACCAUGAUCAUUUCUCUCCUUCAGCCAGCGCCGGAGACAUUUGAACUAUUUGAUGACAUUAUCCUACUUUCAGAAGGUCAGAUUGUGUAUCAAGGUCCACGAGAAAAAGUCCUCGAGUACUUUGAACAUAUGGGUUUCAAAUGUCCAGAAAGAAAAGGAAUUGCUGAUUUUCUGCAAGAAGUAACUUCAAAGAAGGACCAAGAACAAUAUUGGUACAACAAGGAUGAAGCCUACAAAUAUACCUCAGUUCCUGAAUUUGUGCAAGGCUUUAGCUCUUUUCACAUUGGGCAACAGCUUGCAUCAGAUCUUAGUGUUCCUUAUGAUAAAUCAAAAAUGCACCCUGCUGCAUUGGUGAGAGACAGGUAUGGCAUUUCAAAUUGGGAACUUUUCAAGGCAUGCUUCUCAAGAGAGGUGUUGCUAAUGAAGCGAAACUCCUUUAUAUAUAUAUUCAAGACAACACAGAUAACAAUCAUGUCUGUAAUUGCUUUCACGGUGUUCUGGAGGUCACAAAUGAAAGCGGGGACGGUUGUAGAUGGACAAAAAUUCUUUGGAGCAUUGUUUUUCAGUCUAAUUAAUGUGAUGUUUAAUGGAAUGGCAGAACUUGCAAUGACAGUUUUUAGGCUUCCUGUCUUCUUCAAACAGAGAGAUAUGUUGUUCUUCCCUGCGUGGGCUUUUAGCUUACCUAUAUGGGUUCUUAGGAUUCCGAUAUCAUUCCUGGAGUCAGGGAUAUGGAUUCUUCUGACAUACUACACAAUUGGAUUUGCUCCUUCUGCUAGCAGGUUUUUCAGACAGUUUCUGGCAUUUUUUUGUAUACAUCAGAUGGCUCUGUCCCUCUUUCGUUUUAUUGCUGCUCUUGGAAGAACUCAAGUUGUUGCAAACACACUUGGUACCUUCACAUUGCUUCUGGUUUUCGUGCUUGGAGGAUUCAUUGUUGCCAAAAAUGACAUUGCCCCCUGGAUGCUUUGGGGCUACUAUGCUUCUCCUAUGAUGUAUGGACAGAAUGCUGUUGUCAUGAACGAAUUCCUAGAUCAAAGAUGGAGCGCACCUAAUCCAGACCCCAGGAUAGAUGCACGUACAGUCGGAGAAGUCCUUUUGAAAUCCAGAGGCUUUUUUGUCAAGGAGUAUUGGUUUUGGAUUUGUAUUGGAGCACUAAUUGCAUUUUCUCUUCUAUUCAACAUUUGUUUUAUUCUCGCAUUGACUUACUUGAAUCCUUUGGGUGAUUCAAAAGCUGUCAUCGCGGAUGAAGAUGAGAAGGAAAAGUCACACUCUGGAAAAUUGAAAAAAAAAGAUACAGAUAAGGUAGUUAGAAAUUCUUCAGAAACUGUUGCUGCACCAAGUAGAAAAGGAAUGGUUUUGCCCUUCCAACCCCUCUCACUUGCAUUCAACCAUGUGAACUACUAUGUGGAUAUGCCAGCUCAAAUGAAGCGUGAAGGAAUUCAAGAAAAGCAUCUUCAACUGCUACGAGAUGUUAGCGGUUCUUUUAGACCAGGGAUAUUAACAGCACUGGUAGGUGUAAGUGGUGCUGGGAAGACUACAUUGAUGGAUGUCCUAGCUGGAAGAAAGACCAGUGGAUACAUAGAAGGAAAUAUUAGCGUCUCUGGUUUCCCAAAGAACCAAGCAACAUUUGCUCGUGUCAGUGGUUAUUGUGAACAGAAUGACAUUCACUCACCACAUGUUACUGUUCACGAAUCUCUCCUCUAUUCUGCUUGGCUCCGUCUUUCUAAAGAUGUAGAUUCAAAAACAAGGCAGAUGUUCGUUGAAGAAGUUAUGGAAUUGGUUGAGCUAAAUCCAAUAAGAUAUGCCCUAGUUGGACUUCCAGGACUAGAUGGUCUAUCGACAGAACAAAGAAAAAGGUUGACAAUAGCUGUAGAGUUAGUUGCUAAUCCCUCCAUCAUUUUCAUGGAUGAGCCAACUUCUGGCCUUGAUGCCAGAGCUGCUGCUAUUGUUAUGCGUACUGUGAGAAAUACCGUGGAUACAGGUAGAACUGUUGUAUGCACAAUUCACCAGCCAAGCAUAGAUAUAUUUGAGGCUUUUGAUGAGCUAUUUUUGAUGAAAAUAGGUGGUCAGGUCAUUUAUGCUGGACCCCUUGGUCACCAUUCUCACAAGCUUAUAGAAUAUUUUGAGGCUGUCCCCGGGGUUCCCAAAAUCAAGGAUGGAUACAACCCUGCUACAUGGAUGCUUGAUAUCAGUACUUCUUCAAUGGAGGCACAACUAAAUGUUGAUUUUGCACAAAUUUAUAUGAACUCUUCACUCUAUCAGAGGAAUCAAGAACUUAUCAAAGAGCUUAGCACUCCAGCUGCAGGCACUAAGGAUCUCUACUUCCCAUCCAAAUACUCACAAUCUUUCCUUGUUCAAUGCAAGGCAUGCUUUUGGAAACAACAACGGUCUUACUGGAGAAAUCCUCAGUAUAAUGCCAUUCGUUUCUUCCUGACAUUAAUCAUUGGAGUUCUGUUCGGUCUUAUCUUUUGGAACACAGGGCAAAAGACAGGUAAACAGCAAGAUCUACUGAAUCUUCUUGGAGCCAUGUAUUCUGCAAUAUUUUUCCUUGGUGCAACAAAUACUUCUUCUGUGCAACCCAUUGUUGCGAUUGAAAGAACAGUUUUCUAUCGUGAAAAAGCAGCUGGAAUGUAUUCCCCACUGCCUUACGCAUUUGCUCAGGUGGCAAUAGAGGCAAUUUAUGUUACAGUUCAAUCUAUUUGCUACACUCUUGUCCUUUACAGCAUGAUUGGCUUCGAGUGGGACACUGGAAAGUUCUUAUGGUUCUUGUACUUCAUAAUUACGAGCUUCAUAUACUUCACAUUAUAUGGGAUGAUGCUUGUUGCAUUGACUCCUGGCCACCAAAUUGCAGCCAUUGUCAUGUCCUUCUUCCUAUCCUUUUGGAACUUGUUCUCUGGUUUCCUCGUUCCCAGAUCUCAAAUUCCAAUAUGGUGGAGGUGGUACUACUGGCUUUCACCUGUGGCAUGGACAAUCUAUGGCCUUGUGGCAUCUCAAGUAGGUGACAAGAAUGUUGAUCUUCAGGUACCUGGAGUUGGUAAAGUACCAUUGAAGAUGUUUCUUAAAGAAAACAUGGGAUUUGAUCAUAAUUUCCUUCCAGUUGUUGCUGUCGCCCAUCUUGCCUGGGUUUUCAUCUUCUUCUUUGUCUUUGCAUAUGGCAUCAGGUUCCUGAACUUCCAGAGGAGAUAACCAGUUGAACCAUUCUUCCUCUUUCUUUUUCUUUUUUUUUUUUU